AAUCCCUGUACCUGCCAACAGCAGGGGGGCAGCAGUGUGCAGCGUUAUGGGAAAGACGUACAGCAACGACUGUCUUCUUCACAAGGAGGCCUGCCGUAAAAAACGACGCAUUGGCAAGGCACAUAGUGGAGCUUGUCUGGUGAGCGAGGCUGAGUGCUCUGAGGAAGAGUUCGGUCAGUUCCCGUACCGUCUGCAGGACUGGUUCUUACUCCUCAGCAGAAUGGGAGAGAAAUACACACCAGCCGCUCCUUCUCAAAUCUGCCUCACACACACCCAGCGAAUCCAACUCGCAGAGAGAAGGUUUGUUCUGUUGGAUCGUAACCAGGACGGGAAGUUAAGCAGGAGAGAUCUGAGAAAGCUUCGCUAUAAGCGGAUGCCUCUGGAGCACUGCGCUCAAAGAUUCUUCCAGUCAUGUGACAAGAACAAAAAUAAGGAGGUGACCCUAAGGGAGUGGACAUCCUGUCUGGUUGACCGGUCGGAGCGCUGGUUUCAGGAUUUCAUGUCCAUGAAGAUGGGCUCACCAAAGCUGUGUCUUGCCCCAGAAAGCACCCUCUAAAUACCUUUAGAUGCUUUAUCCAGGUGGAAUUUUUUUAAACCUUAUCAGCUGGACUCAUGAAUUUUAAUAAACUAGGUGACAUGACAAUUAUCUAGAAGUUAUAAUAAUUGAUACCUUGAGAAAGCUAGUCAUUUGCAUUCUGCAUUUGAUGGAUUAAAAAUACUGUAAAAU